AUGAAAACUGCGAACGCUCCAUACACUUACAGCGGGGCUGAUCAUAUGAUAUUCUCGUUUUCUUUAAAGCAUAUGAAGCCACAAUAUGAGGCCUGGUCAUUAAGCAAGAUCACUGGUGUGAAAGUCACAGGGCCUCUCGAGACUAAUAGCUUUCCGAACGCGAAGUUAAAAGUUGCCAGAGGUUCAACCAAUCAGGUAUACGAAUUUACCCUUGCUGACUUGCCAUGUCUCAACCCCAAUGAUUGGUUCGUUCUUUACAAUAUGCUGCUGAAAGAAAAAGACAAAUACGAACCUGCCAUGUCACAUCUUCAAAUAAUGAUCAAGUCUUACAUUCAAGAGAUUGGUAACAUGGACGUAGAAGUUGCAGCGGUGUUGCAAAAGAAGCCUACUGUUGUUCUCAAGGAAUCUCCAAAAGAUUUGGAAAAAAUAAAGUUGGGGAAGAUCUAUAGCAAGGAAUGGUAUGUGGUGUAUCAGUCUAGGGAUCGAACCGAAGCAGACUAUUAUUCAAGGGAAACAGCAAGGAUGACAUCAAAGUGCUUCUCACAUAUGAUUUUGUGGUAUUUGGAAGUUCGUCAGACCGUACUUGGCAUCAUUCCAAAGGUGGAUGAAGUUCAAAAGAGAAUUCAAGGGUGA